UUAAGCCGCGCGCCGGCGCGAGCGCGGACUGUUCCCACACGGCCGCCGCACACACAGCACCGAUGGACAUACAAGCUCAGAGGACCCAGAGGGAGGUCUCCUCCUCCCCACCUGAUAAGCCCAAACUCAUGGAGGGCGGCAACUACAUCCGCGAGGGCCGCGACUCGGCCAAGUCGACGUGGCUGCUGUUCUCGCCGCAGGCAAAAGACAAUGUGGGCUCGCUGGCCAAGUACCUCACCAUCUUCUCCAAGCACGGCGUCAACCUCAGCCACAUCGAGUCGCGCUCGUCCGUGCGCCGGCCCGGCUACGAGUUCAUGGUGGAGUGCGAGCACGGCACCGGCGACUUCGGCGCCGCCCUCGAGGACCUCAAGAAGAUCGUCGGCUACCUCAACAUCAUCUCCAGAAACUACAAGGAUAACAGAUCUGCCGUGCCGUGGUUCCCGCGCCGCAUCCGCGACCUGGACCGCUUCGCCAACCAGAUCCUGUCGUACGGCGCCGAGCUGGACUCGGACCACCCGGGGUUCACGGACGCCACGUACCGCGCGCGCCGCAAGUACUUCGCGGACAUCGCCUACAACUACAAGCACGGCCAGCCGCUGCCGCACGUGGACUACACCAAGGAGGAGGUGGCCACGUGGGGCGAGGUGUUCCGCAAGCUCGCGGAGCUGUACCCCACGCACGCCUGCAAGGAGCACAACCACGUGUUCCCCCUCUUGAUUGAGAACUGCGGCUACAGGGAAGACAACAUUCCUCAGUUAGAAGACGUUUCCAAUUUCUUAAAAGACUGCACCGGUUUCACGCUGCGGCCAGUGGCUGGGCUGCUGUCGUCGCGCGACUUCCUGGCGGGGCUGGCGUUCCGCGUGUUCCACAGCACGCAGUACAUCCGGCACCACUCGCGGCCGCUGUACACGCCGGAGCCCGACGUGUGCCACGAGCUGCUGGGGCACGCGCCGUUGUUCGCCGACCCGGCCUUCGCGCAGUUCUCGCAGGAGAUCGGGCUCGCCUCCCUGGGGGCGCCCGACGACUACAUCGAGAAGCUUGCCACGUGUUUCUGGUUCACGGUGGAAUUCGGUCUGUGCCGGCAAGGGGGCACCCUCAAGGCCUUCGGAGCCGGCCUGCUGUCCUCCUUCGGCGAGCUGCAGUACUGCCUCUCGGACGAGCCGCAGCUGAAGGAGUUCCACCCCGAGGUCACCGGCCUCACCAAGUACCCCAUCACCGAGUAUCAGCCGGUCUACUUCGUCGCCAACAGCUUUGAAGACGCCAAAGAUAAGAUGAUCAAAUUCGCUCAGACCAUUCCCCGAGACUUCGGAGUCCGCUACAACCCCUACACGCAGAGCAUCGACAUCCUCGACUCCUCCAAGCAGAUGAAGGACCUCCUCAGGGAGGUUCACCAGGAAAUGGACCUACUCCUCAACGUCAUGGAGAAACUGUAGGGAUAAUAUAGACACACCUUUAGGUUAGACCUGUUUGAAAUACUUCUCCAAGUUGAAAAAAAAACGUGAAACGUUUCUGAUAGAUUUUGUAGUCAUUCUCUUUUUCAAAGUUCAGUUUGGGAAAGUAUUUUAAGUAGAUCUAGGUACAUAAGUUAUUUAAUUGUUAAGGCUGUCCGUUAGAUAGUAGGUAAGAUCAAAAAUAAGUUGCAUCACAUAUUAUGAUGUUAUCGUAAUGAUAAUGACCCCGACAGUAAACAGUUUUGUUUUAAAUAUUGUUAUGAAAGUAAAAUUUAAUCGUUUACGAUGUUGUAAUGUUGAUAAUAAUAAAAUUUGUUUAAUUUGCUUGUUAUAAACACAAUUUGUUAAAAAGAUUAAGGAAUAACGAUAACCCAGUAUAGGUUAAAUAAAAUAACUGAAAUACUCAUCAGUGUAAAUGAUAGGUACUUACAUUGAAAUUAACUCUGAAUUUGAGUAUUAAGUUUUACUUUUACUUAAGUUUUUUAAUUUACGGAUUGUUUUUAUACGUUGUAAUUUACCUGAAUUGAUGUAAAGUGAAUAUUUUUUAAUAAUCUUGUUCAAUAUUAUAAGUAUUUUAAUGUAGGUAUUUUGGUUUCUUUAGUAGGUAGUCAUACUAAGGAACACUGUUCGAAUUUAUUUUAGGUUAAGGUGAUUCGUGUAACUGAAACAUCAAUAAAUUUUUAAUCAACAUAA